AUGAGCCACAUCGGUCCGGCCAUAGACUGCUCCCCAUCCGCGAUUGCCACACCGGCAGUCUUCGGUGCCGAGAUCCUCUCCCUCGAGGCAUCAUGGGUCAAUAGCUUCACCUUCGACGUGCCUGCUGAUUUCAACUACAACCACGGUGCUCUCCACCGGCGGAGGAGGAUAGCAGGCCAGCAGUUCGUCUUGUCCCAGUUCUUUAUGGGCGGGGCAAUUGGAGAGGGAUAUGCGACGACGAUAACCGACGCAGGUCUCGGGGAUACAAUGCCAGACGCAUGGCCUCUGAAGCGCCCAGGGAAUGUCAACCUCGAAUACCUCCACAGUCUGGGCUAUAGAUCCCUUAACGACGAGGCGAUUAUCGCCAAAGGCCUGGUGCGCAGCUUCUACGGCAUCCCGCCCGUGUACUCCUACUGGAGUGGCUGCUCGCACGGCGGACGCCAGGGUCUCAUGUUUGCGCAGCGAUACCCGCACGCCUAUAAUGGAAUUGCGACCUCUGCACCCGCGCAGUCGUGGCCUGAGAUCUCGUCUCCGCUCAGCUGUAAAUUGGAAUUCCUGACUGAGGAGGUUGUGAAGCACUGCGAUCCUAAGGACGGAAUUGUCGAUGGCAUCAUCUCGGACCCGGAGAACUGUCACUUUGAGCCUUUCACCGCUGUGAAUCAGACUUUCUCUUGCAGUGUAACUGGGAAACCCACGCAGCUUAGAAGAGCGGCAGCGAUCAUGGCGGAAUCGGCCUUGUCGGACCCGAGGAGUGUUGCCGGGGAUUUCUUGUGGUAUGGUGCGAACCCAGGCUCGGACAUCUCUAGUUUGGGAGUUGCGCCGGGCCAGAACAUCAAAGCUAGCCCGGACGAGUGGCUCAGCUUGUUUGUGCCCAAGAACCAAAGCUUCGACGUCACCCGGUUGAGUCAUGAGGAAUAUGACACGCUCUUCCGUCUCGCCGUCAAGGAAUACACCGAUGUCAUGGCCGCCAAUGACCCGGAUCUUACCACAUUCAAGAAAGCCGGAGGAAAGCUCCUCACGUACCAUGGCAUGGCCGAUCAAAGCAUCCAACUGAAGAUUUGGGGCCAGAGCUGA